AUGGAAGCAUUGAGGGACGAGUUGGGAGUUGAAAUGAACUGCGGUGUCGACUACGCAAGUCCUUGCCUUAUAAAGGAUAGGGUUCGCUCUCGAAUAGCUCAAAAAACUUACAUCUGCAUUUUUACAUGUUUCUCAACCAAGACCGUACAUAUAGAACUCGCCACUGACCUAAGUACAGACGGAUUUCUCAAUUGUUUUUACAGAUUUAUAGCUCGUAGGGGAAAAUGCAAGUCCAUUUAUUCGGAUAAUGGCACAAACUUUGUAGGAGCGCGAAAUAAAUUCAACGAAUUAGGAUUGUUAAUAAGCAAUAGAGAACACAAUGAAAGAGUAAAAGCAGUAUUAGCCCAGGAUCAAAUAGAGUGGAAUUUAAAUCCACCACAAACACCGCACUUCGGAGGUCUAUGGGAAAGUGCUGUAAAAUCCACAAAGUAUCACCUGAAACGGGUCAUAAGUGAACAACAAUUGACAUUCGAGGAAUUGUACACGGUAUUAACGCAGGUCGAGGCAUGUUUAACCCUUUGCACUCAUUUCACUUUUCCUAUACGAACCUCAAUGCCUAAGGAACCUAUUCACGAACUACUACAGUGCUCCAUCGACUGGAGAUAA